UCUGUCAUGUCCCAAAUAACUAACACUACCCAUAAUCCCUUCUUCUUCAUCCUCACGGGCAUCCCUGGAUUUGAGGCAUCUCACAUCUGGAUCUCCAUCCCCUUCUGCUGCUUCUACACCAUCUCCAUCAUGGGCAAUAGCACCAUCCUCACCAUCAUUCACAAAGAGCCAUCCCUCCACCAGCCCAUGUACCUAUUUCUCUCCAUGCUGGCCCUGACUGACCUUGGUCUCACCCUCACCACCCUGCCCACAGUCAUGUAGCUCCUUUGGUUCAAUAUUCACAAGAUCAGCUUUGAAGCCUGUUUUGCCCAGUUCUUUUUCCUCCAUGGGUUCUCGAUCAUGGAAUCCUCUGUCCUGCUGGCUAUGUCCUUUGACCGCUAUGUGGCCAUCUGUCACCCCCUCCAUUAUGCCUCCAUCCUCACCAAUGAAGUCAUUGGCAGAAUUGGGUUAGCCAUCAUUUGCCGCUGUGUUCUGGCCGUUCUUCCUUCCCUUUUCCUACUCAAGCGCCUGCCCUUCUGCCACUCCCAUCUCCUCUCUCACUCCUACUGUCUCCACCAGGAUAUGAUUCACCUGGUCUGUGCUGACAUCCGGAUCAAUAGCUGGUAUGCACUUGUGGUAGUGUUGCUCAUUAUUGUUGUAGACCCAUUGCUCAUUGUGCUCUCCUAUGCACUCAUCCUGAGAAGUAUCUUGAGCACAGCCAUCUGGACUGAGCGGCUACGAGCCCUCAAUAACUGUCUGUCCCAUUUUCUGGCUGUUUUGGUCCUCUAUGUCCCCAUGAUUAGUGUAUCUAUGACUCAUCGCUUUGCCAAGCAUGCAUCUCCACCGGUUCAUGUGAUCUUGGCCAACAUCUACCUGCUGGCACCUCCUGUGAUGAACCCCAUAAUUUACAGUGUAAAGACUAAGCAGAUUCGACAGGGAAUCUUUCAUCUCCUUUUUCAGAGGAAGAUGCACUAA